AUGCGGGUUAUUAUUAUCGCUGUUUUAUUAAUAAUUUAUAAUGUAUUAUUAAUCACUGCCAAAGAUUACUAUCAAAUUCUUGGAGUGCCUAGAAAUGCAAAUAUUAAACAGAUUAAAAAAGCUUAUCGAAAAUUGGCAAUGAAAUUGCAUCCGGAUAAAGCAGGUGAUUCUGCUGCAGAGGGAGAUUUUCAGGAGUUGGGUGCAGCAUAUGAGGUAAUAUUAAGUGAUCCAGAAAAGCGAAAAAUAUAUGAUAAGUAUGGUGAAGAAGGUUUAAAAAAUAUUGCGAACGGUGGUGGUGGCGGAGGGCAAGAUAUUUUUGCCUCAUUUUUCGGUGAUUUCUUUGGUAGUACUCAUCAGCAAGAAACUGGCACACCUAAAGGAGCUGAUUUACUUAUUGAUUUAUAUGUGACAUUGGAAGAAAUUUAUGAGGGCGAUUUUGUCGAAGUGAAAAGAAUAAAAUCUGUUUAUAAGCCUACAUCUGGAACACGACAGUGUAAUUGUCGUCAUGAAAUGCGUACUGAACAGCUUGGUGCUGGCAGGUUUCAGAUGUUUCAAGUACGCGUUUGUGAUGAAUGCCCAAAUGUUAUUCUGGCGCAGGAAUCAAAAAUCUUGGAGGUGGAAAUCGAAAUUGGUGUUGAUGAGGGCCAAGAACAAGUUUUUGUUGGUGAAGGAGAACCGCAUAUUGAAGGUGAUCCUGGUGAUCUUAGAUUUAUAAUUCGAGUCCAGAAACAUUCGAGGUUCGAACGUCGUGGUGAUGAUUUGUAUACCAAUGUUACGAUUUCUCUUUAUGAAGCUUUAUCUGGAUUUGAGAUGGAAAUCAAACAUUUAGACGGUCACAAAGUUAAAAUAAGCCGCGAUAAGAUAACGUGGCCGGGUGCGAGGAUAAGGAAGAAGGAUGAAGGAAUGCCUUCUUUUUCUGAUAAUACCAAACGUGGUAUUAUGUAUGUAACCUUUGACGUUGAAUUUCCUCGAGGCGAAUUAACAGAAGAACAAAAAUCUAUUAUGGCGAACAUACUCAAACAGGAAUCAAUUAAAAAGGUUUACAAUGGGUUGCAGGGAUAUUAG